ACAGAGAGAUGCAAAGCCGGAGACACUGUAAACUUCUUUAAAGAGGAUUCAGAACAGAUAGAGUGAGUGUGACCUCACAACGCAUGAGAAGCAGUAAUCAAAUCUGAUUUUUCAGAAGAAGCGGAGGCCGCUUGUAAUGCUUAAAUAAUGAGGCUUUUCGUUCUCCAUUGAAAAAGGCUCGAUUGUCAAGAAAUGAGGCAGGUUUGAGCUAGCUGCUCUUUACUCUUCAGUGGCAGGCUUAAUUGGCGAUACAUUAGGUGGACUUUGAGCUGGGAUUGGAGCUCCUGGCUAUAGACUGCAGCUUCCUUUGACUCAGAGAGAGUUCUGAUCUUGGUUACUUCUUGUUCAGUAUACGAAGAUCUAUGUCUUAUGUGAGUGGCAAGCAAUCAACAGAAAAGUUCAAAUCUGCAGUCUUAUAUGUCUUAUAACGCUUGAAUUGCUCAUAGACCGUGCCAGGGCUAGUCACUGAAAUGCUUGGAAAAGAAGUCUCAUUGCUUAAAGAAUCCAUGUGUUGACUUGUUUUGUCAUUCUUAUGGGCUUAUGGUAGGUCUGGAAAGAAAAGUUUCAAUGCCCGAUCUUAACGGGAAGAAGCGCUCCAAUGGUGAUGAAAUAAAAAAAGGGAAGCCCAACUUGGAACAGGAACGUAAAGGCUCGAAGAAUGUAGAGGGUAGAUCUGAUAACAAAGAUCCAAAAGCUGAAGUAGGUUCUUAUCAGUGUGUUGCAAGCACGGGUAUUGAUUCUACUGAAGUUUACGAAGAAGUAGAUAUACACUACAUGGAUGAUGCAAACAGGUCUGAGGGGACAGUAAUGGAGGCAAAUUUCAAUGAUAGAGACAACCAUGCUAACGAAUUGGGAAAGCAGGAAACCAAUGGGAAUUCCACAAAAGCAGAGAAACCAUCAACUAAGGAGGAAGAAUCUGAUGGGGAUACAGGAUCGCAGGCAUCUGAAGAGUGUAAGAAUGAAAGGUCCUCAGGGGUUACUAAAAAGCAGACAAAUGGUCGCUCACAAGAGUCUUGCCCUCGUGCUUCAAGAGCAGCUACAGAUAGGCGUGAAGCACAGAAGCCAAAUUCCCGCGAUGCUCAAAAGAAGGCUUCAAAAGCCCGUAGGAAAGAUCCAAAAACAAAGUCCAAAACCACUGAUAACAAACCCAAGAACCCAAAAGUGCCUGCAAAACCUUCAUCUGACUGUUCGACAGGAUCAGAUGAGAAAUCCAUUGAAGAAGUGAAGGAAAUUGAUGUAUUGGAAGAGGCGCCAACUGGUGCUGGAAGCAUUGCAACUGAUGAGGAAAAAGCUGAUAUGGAAGAUAUUCCUUUGGAUGAAGACCCCAUUGCUGUUGCCGAUAAAAUUGAAGACAUGGAGAAAAGGGUUGAAAAACUUGAAGGGGAACUCAGAGAAACUGCUGCCCUUGAGAUUGCACUCUAUUCAGUGGUUGCAGAGCAUGGAAGCUCUGCGCACAAGGUCCAUGCACCAGCCAGACGCCUUUCCAGGUUAUACAUUCAUGCUUGCAAAUAUUGGGGUCAGGAUAGGAGAGCAAGUGUCGCUAGAAGUGCAGUAUUAGGGCUUGUAUUGGUCUCAAAGGCUUGUGGUAAUGAUGUUCCGAGGUUGACCUUUUGGUUGUCAAACACGGUUGUCUUGAGGGAGAUAAUUUCUCAAGCUUUCAACAAUUCCCAUAAUUCAAAUCUGGCUACACGAAUUGUUGAAUCAAAUGGGGGUGGGAGGAGAAAAUCUUCCGCACUGACAUGGAAGGGGAACUCAGGCAAUAAGCAAGGAAAAACCACUGGUUUUAUGCAGUUUGUUGAUGACUGGCAAGAGACAAGUACUUUUACGGGUGCAUUGGAGAAGAUUGAAUCCUGGAUCUUUUCCCGUAUCACUGAAUCUGUGUGGUGGCAGGCAUUAGCUCCACACAUGCAAUCUCCAGAAGAGGACUUGUUCACAGAAAAGAGACAUGUUCGGGUGCUUGGACCAGCUCUAGGUGACCAGAAACAGGGUAGCUUUUCUAUAGAUCUUUGGAAAGGUGCUUUCCUAGAAGCUCAGCAAAGGUUAUGUCCUGUUCGUGCCGGGGGUCAUGAAUGUGGCUGCUUACCAGUGUUGGCAAGAAUGGUUAUGGAACAGUGUGUCUCAAGGCUAGACAUAGCCAUGUUCAAUGCAAUUUUACGGGAAUCAGUGAAUGAAAUGCCAACUGAUCCUGUAUCUGAUCCAAUUUGUGAUCCCAAAGUUCUCCCAAUUCCUGCUGGAGAUUUGAGCUUUGGUGCUGGUGCUCAGCUAAAAAAUGCUGUGGGAAACUGGUCUAGAUGCUUAAAUGACCUUUUUGGGAUCGAAGCUGAUGAUUCCCCAUCAGAUGCCAAAACCGACAAUGAGAAUGAUGAGAGACAAGGCAAUGACAUGGCAUCCAAAUCAUUCCACCUUAUCUCCAUUCUUAGCGAUCUACUGAUGCUCCCAAAGGACAUGCUCACAGAUAAAAUGAUCAGGAAAGAGGUGUGUCCUGCAUUUGGCCUACCUUUGAUAAUGCGCAUACUCUGCAACUUUACACCCGAUGAGUUUUGCCCCGAUGCUGUCCCUGGAGCUGUUUUGGAGGCGCUUAAUUCUGAGAUCAUUUCAGAGCGAGUCAUUUCAGAGCGAAGGCCGUCAGCUGAGAACAAAGAACUGAUAAACAGCAUUCCAUGCACCGCCUCUUCAAUUGUAUACAGCCCACCUUCAGCUGCUAAUGUAGCCGAGAAGGUCGGUGACUCACAUUUUCAAAGAGCUGGGCUAAACAGGACUACAUCAAUGGUUUUAAGGAAAGGCCACACAAGUGAUGAAGAAUUGGAGGAGCUGGACUUUCCUCUAGUCUCGGUCAUCGAAAAAGCCCUGGUUUCUCCUACCAUACUCAAUGUAGGGGAUCACGGUGGUGGCUCAAACGUUAGAUACGAGCUCUUGCGUGAAGUGUGGUCAGCUGGUGUAUGAAGGUGAGUUUUGAUGAGAGUUGAUUCAUGCUUUUGAUUAUAUAUUCUUGUGUAUAGAAGAAGAAAAUAAGGAAAUUGCUGGUGCUUUGUAAUAGUCAAGAGAUUCAAGGCUGCCUUUUUGGAAAAUGGAAGCGGUAGUUUUGGGUUUUGUUCACUUCUUUUUGGGAUAUAAGCAUAUAAGAUGAAAGUUCAAUUCCUUGUCAAGGGCAUUACUCCUUGCCAUUUGAAGACGAAGAGACCAAACAAUUCGGGAAUCUCUCGUGUAGGAAGCAGGGGUUACCAUAGCAAAUUGGGGAAUAAUAAUAUAUUGGCUAUAAAGUUGGUGAUAUAUUGGUUUUGGUCGAAAAAAUCAGAGGCAAAAUUUGGGGCAAAAACAUGAUUGCAAAGUAGGUGAGCUCAGAUUCUCUUGCUAAAAGGGGGUGCCCACCAACAAUUGGUGAUCACUGACCUUAGCCCUCCUUUUUGGUAAUACCUUUUUGUGUUAUUUAUGUAUGCAUAAAAUCUCAUAAUUAAAGUUAAAAAAAAAAAGAAAAGAAAAAAAGGUAUGUUAGCUAGAAGAUGGCGAAUAUGUCGUAUUUAUUUGGCUAAAAGAACA